GGCCCGGUCGGCGCGGACGGCGCUCGGCGGACGCGGGCGGACGCUGGGCGGCCCCUCCCUGCCCGCGCGCCCGGGCGCCCCUGGCCGGCGCCGGGCCCCGGAGCGAUGACAUCGACGGGGAAGGACGGCGGCGCGCAGCACGCGCAGUAUGUGGGGCCCUACCGGCUGGAGAAGACGCUGGGCAAGGGGCAGACAGGCCUGGUGAAGCUUGGGGUUCACUGUGUCACCUGCCAGAAGGUGGCCAUCAAGAUCGUCAACCGUGAGAAGCUGAGCGAGUCUGUGCUGAUGAAGGUGGGCGGGCCCGGGGAGGGAGGCGGGGCUGGCGUCGCCCAGACCGGCCCCUGGGCCCCCUGGAUGUGGCUACGUGGUCUCCUGCUCAGUGCCCGCUGUGCCACUGAGGUGCAGCACUGGGUGCUAGAACACGUGUCAGGUGAGCUUUUCGACUACCUGGUGAAGAGGGGGAGGCUGACGCCAAGGAGGCUCGGAAGCUCUUCCGCCCAGAUCAUCUCCGCUCUGGACUUCUGCCACAGCCACUCCAUAUGCCACAGGGAUCUGAAACCUGAAAACCUCCUGCUGACGCAGAAGAACAACAUCCGGAUCGCAGACUUCGGCAUGGCGUCUCUGCAGGUUACACAGCCUGUUGAGACCAGCUGCGGCACAGGGCCCUCUGUCCCCCACUACGCCUGCCCCGAGGUGCUGCUAGGGGAGAAGUACGACGGCCGGAAGGCAGACGGGUGGAGCUGUGGCGCCAUCCUGUUCGGGCCUUUGUUAGUGGUGAGAGCCCUUCCCUUUGACGAUGACAACCUGCGGCAGCUGCUGGAGAAGGUGAAGCGGGCGGUUCCACAUGCCGCACUUUAUUCUACCAAGCAGAGGAGCCUGCUGCGGGGCAUGAUCGGUGACGCCGCACGCCUCACGCUAGAGCACAUUCAGAAACACAUAUGGUAUAUGGGUGGCAGGACAACGCCAGAACCAGAGCAGCCCGUUCCUCGCAAGGUGCAGAUCCGCAGCCUGGAGGCAGACAUCGACCCUGACGUGCUGGACAGCAUGCACUCCUGGGCUGCUUCCGCACUGGGAAUAAGCUGCUUUCAGGACCUGCUAUCCGAGGAGGGCCCAGGGCUGCUCCUGGAGAAUCAGGAGAAGAUGAUCUACUUCCUACUCCUGGACCGGAAAGAAAGGUACCCGAGCCAGGAGGACUUAGGACCUGCCCCGAACGAGAUAGGUAAUGGACCUCCCCGAAGCGUGUGACUCCCGAUGCUGAACCGCACGCAAGCGCGGCCGGAGCGCAAGUCCAUGGAGGUGCUCAGCGUGACGGACGGCGCCCUGUGCCUGCGCCGGCGGGCUAUUGAGAUGGCCCAGCACGGCCAGAGGUCUCGGUCCAUCAGCUGUGCCUCUCAGGUUUUCCACCAGCCCGCCAGCAGCCCCGGGUGAGUGACCCUCACUCCCUCACCAAGGGGCAGUCCUCCCACCCCCAAGGGGACGCCUGUCCACACGCCAAAGGAGAGCCCGGCCGGCACGCCCAACCCCACACCACCGUCCAGCCCCAGCGCCGGAGGGUGCCCUGGAGGGCGGCUCAAUUCCAUCAAGAACAGCUUUCUGGGCUCACCCCGCUUCCACCGCCGGAAACUGCAAGAACUGCCUGGCUGCCCCGGCACUCCUGGCCCUGGUGGUCCUGGGCAUAGGGAGGGGUGGGGCUCCAGCGAGUGCUGCCUGGACACAACUCUAGGAACCAAGAGGCUGGCCAAGAAGUCCUGGUUUGGGAACUUUAUCAGCCUGGAGAAGGAGGAGCAGAUCUUCGUGGUCAUUAAAGACAAACUCUGAGCUCCACUGGCUGACAUGCACGCCUUCCUGUCGAUCCCCAGCCUCAGCCACAGUGUCAUCUCCCAGACGAGCUUCCUGGCCGAGUACAAGGCCACGGGGCCAGCCGUGUUCCAGAAGCCUGUCAAGUUCCAGGUGGAUAUCACUCUUACACGGAGGGAGGAGGCGCAGAAGGAGAACGGCAUCUACUCCGGGUCACCUUCACCCUGCUCAGGCCCCAGCCGCUUCAAGAGGGUGGUGGAGACUAUCCAGGCCCAGCUGCUGAGCACACACGCACCCCCCGCGGCCCAGCACUCUGUCAGAACCCCCCCACCAGCGCCAGGACUAAGCUGGGGUGCUGGGCUUAAGGGCCAGAAGGUGGCCACCAGCUACGAGAACACCACUAACUGUAUGGAAAUGAUGACGGGGCGGCUUUCCAAAUGUGGCAGCCAUUGGAGUAACUUCUUUGACGUAAUUAACAAUUUUUCAGACGAAGAACGGGCAGGCGGCCCAGGCCCCAGCACGCCCGCCGGCCGGAGUGCCCACGGCCCACGUGACUCCGCGGCCGCUGGCCCUGGCCCCGAGGGGACGCCGAGUACCCAACGGGGCAAGGACACGGCCAACAUGGGCCCGCCGCCGCCCCGCCGCGAGCAGCCUUAG